GCCCAUCUGACCGAAAACAUUGAGAGUUCAUGGCAAACUCCACCUAAACCAUAUUUUAGGUGAAGUGGACGUUCUCAUAUGUUAUCAUGCAUGGUGAGGCACCCGCAAAAAAAAAAAUCAUGCAUGGUGAGGAAAUGCCUGAUGCACAACGGAUUUACACCAUCCGCCUGCUAUGGGGCUUUAGCAGUGUUAUUUCUUACUGAGCUUUGCAAAUUCCUUUAUCCUAAUUUGAAGAGUGCAUUCAGGCACUUCAAACAAUACGUUGACUCAGAAAUGAUAGUUGUGUGCAACGAUACUACUAUAAGAUCCAUGCUGCACAUAGUCUGCCUAAUCAUAGCUUAUUUUGAAAAAUCUAUAGUAUCAUCUAGAACAAAUCAUUUGAAACAUAAUUUCACUCGGUAUGUUUCAUAAUUUCAAACAGUCUCGACCCAUGUAGGUCAAGAAUUCUGUUUUUGAAUCCCAUGGCUAAUUUUGAACAGAAAAAAAAAAGAUGAUUAGCCCACUUUUUACGUGUUCUUACUCUUUUUUUUCCUUGGCAUAUGUGGCUUGAUAUAUAUGGGUUUCUGUACUCACAUAAAUAGAGUGCCUCUAUAAGUACCAGCAUGCAUCUGGAUAAUGGAAUAAGAACCACUUAUAAUUUCUGUCAACUACUUACGCAUUCUUUAACAAAGUUACCACAGCAACGCGCGUGGAGAGAGUCAUCCUCAGUACUCUAUUUCAGAGUUACAUAUUAAAUCCAAGUCAUCUUCUGCUACAAAACAUUUCUUAUUUUUAUUUUCUUACUCUUUUUCUCCUUACCAUGUGCCUAUCUCUUUCAAAUUGUUUAUUACUACCAUCCCGCUGCAACGCGCGGUGUAUUGUCUAGUUAUACUAAGAACCAACUCCCCACCCAUCACAAUUCUUUAUAAAUGCUAGAAAUACAUGAAAGCAAUGUCUACUAUUUGUUCCAGAUAGAAAGAAUAAAUUGUAAAUAGUGGAAGAUAACUGAUGGAAAAUUAAUGAAAAUUUUGAAAUCGACUAAACUAAUUUGGACGAUAGAUUGGCCAGUAGCUAGUAAUCACCUUACUAAGAUUCUUAUAUUGUCGGUGAUUUUUCUUAGGUCUUUCCAAUGAACCAUUAGCACAGACAACCAUGUGCCAUCAGCUCGCCAAACAAAGCUAAUCUCUUAUCUUAAUCUGCUCGUGAUGCGCGAGACGAAAUGUAUAUGCUAUUCCACGUCACCGAUUCGUGGUGCCAUGUCCAAUGUGUAGAAUGUAGUAUCUUCAGAUCUGGGCUCCUUAGUAUUCCCGCUUCACAUGCGCAUCCUAUAAAUAACCAUGUCAUCCUCUAUCGAUCUUCCACACAACACAAAAGACAAUCAAAUUAGCUGUUCUCUACAGUUGGUUAAUCUCCCACACCUCAGUCUCUCUCCCAUGGCGAAGCCUUCAAGUUUCGAGGUCACUCGUUACUAUUCACUUGUGGAGAACACAAAGCUUGACUUCCGCAACUUGUACAUGCGCCAGAUCAUCUCUGGAGCAUCUCCAAACCAGUCAACAAUCGUAGAUGCAAAUCCUAUUACUGGGCUGGGUUUAACAUUAGCCAACAACUGGUCCAUAUAUGAUGGCAUCGGCGCGCAAGCAAAGCUAGUCGCCCGUGUCCAGGGCGUGCACGUGAAUGCUGGUAACUGGUAUAUAUAAUUCAUCCGUUAUGGUGUUUGACACUGAGGUACUACUACGUGGCUUAGUCUGUAGUAUUUGUUUUUCUUUCGACAUGUCCGCUUGAUUUUUCUUGUUUUUUGUUCAUAAUGAGAUUUUGUGGGUGCAAUUAUACAGGUUCAAGGGCUCCACGCUCCAGAUAAUGGGAACAACAAUUAAGGGAGAAGAUGAUUGGGCUAUUGUCGGAGGGACUGGUCAUUUCGAAAUGGCGCGUGGCGUCAUUAGGAGGAAGAUACAUGAAAAAACAGCUGAUGAAGAAGUACAGGUACUUACGGUGGAUGGAUUCUGCCGCGUGAAGCUCCCCACUCCUCAGAGGAUGGGACCAUGUGAUGGAAAUAGAGGUUCGGCCCGUGAAAUCCCAGGAAAUAAGCCCCAGCGUCUCGAGAGUAUUUCAAUCCGAAGCUCGGGCGCCGUUGAUUCAAUCUCAUUCUCGUACUAUGACGAAGCUGGGAAGAUAUCCAAUUCAGGUCGUUGGGGUGGUGGUGGUGGCAGUGACAAUCCAACGUUCACCUUCGGCCCAUCCGAAUUUGUCAAGGAAAUAUCCGGGUCGAUCUACGACCAAUAUUUAUCAACACUUAAGAUCGUCACCAACCUGGGAAGGACGUAUGGUCCUUUUGGAGACUCGGGACCCAAGCCUACUAGGUUCAGCUUUACUGUGCCAGAUGAUAAGACCGUCGUGGGCUUCUUUGCAAAAUCUGAUAAAUACCUCAAUGCGAUUGGUAUCUACACGGUUUAGACCUAUGGACAACGUACCUCUUCAUUCUGCCGGGGCAUGCUUAUGUUCCCUUUUUAGUUACCCAGUGUUUUAUUUUCAUCCAUUGUUCCAUCAAUAAUAAGAUGGCUAGGGCCCUCCUAUGCCAGUGACCGAUGUACUACUAUGCUUGUUAUUUUGUUAUUUAUGACUUUUCAUUGAAUCAAAACAAAUAAAGUUGAACCAGUUGUAUCCUCGAGAAUCAGUUGAGCUGAUGCAUGACUUGCAUCGAUAAGGGUAUACUUUUGGAUGUCACUAAAACAUAAACAGUUGUCGUUAUCAAACAAAGAGAAGGCAUAUUCCAAUCAUAUUUUGGUACAGAAACAAAACUCAAAUCUCAAUGAUCCUGCACCGAUCAGACGCCUAAGAAAAUGUUGAAGUCCACUUCUUAACUCAUUAUUAUAGGUUGUGCAACCCAUGUUCUCCAAUGGUGCCAUGAGCGCUGCCUUACCAACGCCUCCAUGCUCCUCUCGCCACCGCUGAGGCGCUGACGCGCUCUCUUUAUUCUCUUGCCUCGGCAGCGCUGGACUGCCAGUGCUGGGGCACUACACGCCAGCUCCCACGUAUGUUCUGUUGACACUCUACUAGGGAUGAUAUUUUUGUUGGGACUGCACUGGUCGGGGCAUAUGUGGCGUGCCGAUGCGCGCAUGGCCAAGACAUGCAUUCUAUUAGAUGGA